AUGAUCGCAAACGCGACGCGUUGCCGUGUGCUGCUAUGCCGUGAGCCAGAUGCGAUGCUGCUGGGCGGGGCGAUAAUGGCUACCGUAGCCGCGGGGCAUUACCCCAAUUUGCAUACGGCUCAGCGCCAAAUGACCGCCAUUUCCCGUGCCAUCGAUCCGGCCCCCCAUCUGGCAGAGUAUUACGCGAGGAAAUUCGCCGUUUUCCUCGAGCUCCACGAUGAUCAGCUCAAAUAUGAGCGAAUUAUGCGGGGCCCUGGAAUUGCA